ACAAAAAUAUAUAGAAUCUCAUUUAAUAAGGGGGACAUCUAAAUAUGGAAACUUCUAAAAGAGCAAGUGUAUUCUUCUUGAUGCACAAUACAUUACAAUCCGUUAUAGCAACCACAUAUCUCGGAAGAUUAUUCCGUUUUACUGGACAUGGUGGCACACAUUGGGCAGUUCUUGUAAAAUUUGAAGAUGACGAUUUUUUUUACAUUUGCGAGAUCUAUAGAAAUCUAGAACCCAAAGAAUCAGGAUUAAUAAACUGGCGCUGCGAAAAGAUUACAGCUGAGGAGAUACAACGCGCAACGAAGGGAAAUUCUAUUGAAUACCUGGGAAAUUGUUAUCUUACGCUAAAAGAGUUACGGAAACAUUGCCGUGACAUCAGUGCCAAUAUGAAGUACAAUAUCCUCACUAAUAAUUGUCAGCACUGGUGCAAAAAUUUGAUCCAGAAGUUAAAUUUUUUCUCAAAACCUGCAUCCGUAUUCAGUUUUAUGACCAAUGCAAUCAUGGUGGGGAUUAGGAUGUUCUCAAGGUAAAGACACGAUUCAGGUGGAGAAGAUUAUAUAAUAAGUUUAGUGUCUUGGUGGUUGGUAUGGAUAACAGGAAUCAUAAUACAAAAAUAUACAUUUUCUUUUUCUUGAGUUAAAUUGUUGUCAAUAUUAAUAAUAAAUAGGGGAUUAGUUUCAUAUUAAGUUUGUUAGUUGUAUAAAUCAAUAAAUUGGUGGUGGAUGUAUAAGACAAAAUAUGCUUUGGAAUAUCAAAUCGCGUUUAAAAUAUAUAAGAAUUGAUAUCUUUAGCAGUGGAGUUCAGUAUUGCGAUGGUUAAGUACGUCCUACGCAAUUAGUAGUGGAUCGAAGUCGGUGAUCGAAGUAGAAAAGAUGGAAAAAUGCAUCGAAUUGUUCGAUUGCAAUACGUAAUCUUUGAAGGAAUCCUUUAAAAACGCAACGAUCAAGGAUAAAGACUGCGUUAUCAUAUUUCAACAUUACUAAUGGAGAUAUUCUUAAUUUGUUGUGAAAUAAAUAUAUGCA